AUGAAGUAGAGUUAAUAUCCUAGUUAACUCUAGCAAAUGAAAGUCUAGAUUACUGACUUCGUUAAUGAAGAGGGUACUGUUUUUUACAAUAUACUUGUUAUAAAUUAGAAUACAAGUAGUUAAUUAAAGAUUAAAGCUCGCUACAGCUAACUUUCAGAGCUUAAUGAGAGUAUUUAAAAGUUCCUGAAAAAGUAUAAAAGCUUAAGGGUUUAACUGCCUUCAUUUCCAGCCAAAAAAUGGUGGGUUGUGUAAGAUGAUUCAUUUAUCAAUCAUAGAAAGAGUUAAUUAGAAUAAUAUUUCUAGGAAUUACUCUAACAAGAAGAUUCUCUCUUAAUUGAUCCUUUAACUGAUUUUCUUGGAUACGUAGACAUAGGAAAUUCUAAAUCACCGAAAUCGCUUGAUGAAAAGCUAGAACUCUUAAGAAAAAAGCACAAUGAGCAUACCCAAAAUCAAAAAAAUUCCUCUAAUUCCAGUAAUACGAUAAGAGCUCAUUAUGAGUAAAGUGAAACUUAAGAGAAAUGCUCAUAAGACAACGAGAUAUCCUUUCCUUUAAGCUUUUGUGAAAUUUCAUUAGGAGCUACCAAAAAUCAGCAUAUAAAUAUCGGGUCUUUUUCAGAAGAGAUUCGCAGCAUUAAACGUAAGUCUAUUGAUUAAUCUGACUUUGAUAAUUCUUCAAUAAUGCUACUCUUUCCAUCACCUCCUAACAUGAGAGGUUCUUUCCCAAUUUAUAGACAAUCUAAUGAAAGAGGAGAAGAGAGUUUAUUACGUUCAUAAAUUGAAGCUCAAAGAAAUAAUUAUCAAAAUCUUAACAAAGACUCUCAAAAUGAAUUAGAUUAAAGUGACACCAAUUAUUAGAACGUCAUUUAGCAAGCUAUGAAUUGUAUUAAUAGAAACAAAACAGUUUAGCCUAACGUUUAUAUUUAUAAUCUUGAAGAAUACAAAGCAACUCAGCGUAAAUUCAAACGUGAAGUUGAAUAAAUUAUCGAAUCCAGCGAAAUGUCUAGUGGAAUAGAACAAAAUCUUUUUUGUGAUUCAGAUGAGGAGGAGUUCUUAGAUGAGUCAGGCUAAUAAAAGAAAUAAGAUAGUUGUAAAAAAAGAUAAAGCCAACUGUAGUCAUAAUAGUAAUAAUUAUUAUCUGGAAGCAGAAGCUAGUGCAAAUGCUACAAUAGUGGUAGUGAUAGUGAGAGCAGUAGCUAUUCUGACAGUGAUGGUGACGAUGAAAGUUAUAGUAAUCAGAGUAAAUUACAGUAAAAAAGUUAUACAAAAAGUUUCUAAAGAAAUUCAAUCAAAAAUAUUAUCCCAAUUAUGCAAAGAUCUACAGAUGAUGAUUGUGCUUACAAUAAAAGAAAUAAACCUAAAAGUCGUUAGUCAUCUGGCAAAAAAACAAACCAUAAAACAGAUAACAUACUUAAGUAUUUGAAUAGUUCCUAAAGUUUGAGAAUGGAUUAAAGUGCAAAUCAAGGAGACGAUGAAGAUGAUGAUGCUUAAUAGUAAACUUUAAAUGACAGCACAAAAACUAUUUAUAAAAAUGAAGAAGAUUGUAAUGAUAACGAUCAUGAUCAUGAAUAAUAAGAAUAACAAAAUUCUCAUAAUUCUCAAAUCCUCAGAGACCUUUCUUAUAAUUCAGCUUCUCGUCGAUCCCCAACUGUUUGCAUUCAUAAAAAUAUAAACGAUAACAAAUAAUUCCACAUCUAAUUUAUUUAAAACCUUAUAGAACUAAACCAAUGA